AUGCGCGAUGCUCGUGAAGUCCAGGAUCUGAAUGCAGAGAAAACAGAGCAUGACGACGAUAUUGACAAUAGCCGUGGUGGAACGUGGGAAUCAGCAAAUGACCUCUCGGAUGAUCUGGCACAGCCCGACGAGAGUACUCAGCAGUCGGAUGGGGCACCGCACUAUGAUGGAGGUGGAAGAGUUGGUCAGCCCAACAACCACAGGCAGAGCGAUCAAGCCAGCUACUUCUCAGAAUGUAUGUCAUAG